AUGAAACACCCAACAUUGAUAGGCGAGGAUUCUAGUGACAAAUUCAGAGUGAAUGAGGUGAAAUUCCUACAAGAGCAGCACGCAGCUGCGGUCACUGCUCUGGCACGGAUCGAGCAACAACGAGAUGAAGCACGUGCUACUGUACGAGACUAUGAACAGAGUCAAGAGGCAGUUGAGAAAGAAUAUGAAAGUGAUAUGAACAACUUGAGAGUUCUGCAAGAAGAGGAAAGAGAGCAACGAGUGCAGCUACAGCAACAUGACGAUAAUAUAACGGAGGCUGCACUCACCAAUACGAAUAUAAAGACUAUGAUCAAGAGUGAGGAGGAGGCCAUCGUUAAUCUGAAGGCUGAGCAGAAGACCAGUAUAGCGGAGGAAGUCAGACUAGAAGGCAUUGCUGAGGAGUUUAAGAGGAUUAAGAAGUUGGGCGAGGAUCAGGUCGUAUUCACCGAUAACGAGGCUGCCCGAGUGAUGGAAAUGCUACGACAAAUCGUACAGGAGCAGGACCAGAUCGUUGCAGCUAUGAGGAACAUGGAGGCUCAAGCCAAGUCGGAGAUGGACUCGGUAGAGACGGCGUUGAGGGCUGAGAAGAAGCGGAAUACAGAGCUCUUGCAGCAGUGCCGACACAAUGAGGUGACUGAGAGGAAGAUGACACAGGAGAUUGAGGACUUGAAAAGGCUCAGUGACGAGGAGAGGAAGGAGCUCAUCAGGCUCGAGGCCAUGCGUGAUGGGUCAGCGUAUGAGCAGGAGCAAUACGUCAACGAGAAAGGAGAGCUCAUGAGGAGGCUGGAAUCACUGAAGGAGCAAAAUAAGAAGUCUUGUCUACCUUGCAUCAAUCACUCA